AUGGAAGACGCAGAAGGACGCAACGGCAUCACUCCCGCCGCCGAGGUGCCUAGCGGCUUGGAUUCGGCGUACAGUGGAGACAUGUACGCCUGGACAGCCCUCCAGCAAAGUUGCGAAGUCGGAUACUAAUGUCCAGCCAGUCAAUCGGAAACGACGUCCCUCUCAUCCUCCAUCGCAGCGCACAGAUUCGAGAAUGGAAGACGAUACCACACCUACAAGGGUGCCGCCGACACACAGUACUGGGCUCCAAAUGACGACGACCAGAACGACCAACUCGACAUCGCACAUCACAUUUUCAACCUCAUCAUGGAUGGAAACCUUUCCCUGGCUCCGAUUGACAAAGAAAAGCCCCAUCAAGUCCUGGACCUGGGGACGGGAACCGGCAUCUGGGCCAUCGACUUCGCGGACGAGAACCCGCAGGCCAACGUGAUCGGUGUCGACUUGAGCCCUACCCAGCCUCACUGGGUACCUUCCAACUGCUGCUUUCAAGUCGAUGACAUUACCGAGAACUGGACCUUCGCCGAGGACAGCAUGGACUUCAUCCACAUCCGCGCGCUCUACGGUUCCAUCAAAGACUGGCCGGCUCUGUACGAGAAGUGCAUGCGUCACCUCAAACCCGGCGGCUGGCUCGAGCAGGUCGAAUACAGCGCCGACUGGAUCUCCGACGACGACUCGAUCCCCGUGGGACACAUCUUCCAUAAAGCAUCCGACUGGUAUAACGGUGCUGGCGACAAGAUGGGCCAGACGUUCCGCAUCUGGGAACUCGCCAAGGACUACAUCGACCAGGCCGGAUUCGUCAACACGGUCGAGAGGAGAUUCAAGAUGCCCCUGGGUCCUUGGCCGGCGGACAAGAAGAUGAAGGAGAUUGGUAGGUGGCAUCUGCUGGAAGCCUAUCAGGGUAUCGAGGGUUGGACUCUGGCUCUGUAUACGCGGAUUCUUGGCUGGUCGGUGGAGGAGGUGCAGCGCUUCCUCGCGGAGGUCCGAGCAGGUAUGUACAAGCAGCUAGGCAUCUUUUGGAAGGAAGAUUCCCGGUAUUGACAAUUUGUAGGUUUCGAGGACAGGAGUAUCCACGCGUAUACCCGGGGCAGCAUCGUCUACGGCCAGAAGCCGUUGCAUUCGACAGCAUCAUCAUUGUGA